ACGUCAAACGUCAUUGAAUACUCAUCUCGGUGAGUUGACGAAAACUUGGGUCGCCCGAAAAAAUCAUGAUAUUGAGCUUUAACGAUAAAAUUAAUAUAGUUCAAUGUCAAGAGUGCAGUAUAAGUGACAAAAUAAGAAACAGUCUACCUUCUUGAUCAAGUGUUAAAUUAGUCGUUUUAUUUAGCAAAUUUAAAAGUACCUUCGAGUUUAUUUGCCAAUAUGCCGAAAGGAAAACGAAGAGGAAAAUCUGAGCGUUACGAGAAUGCAAUGCAAACCUCUGACGAUGAAUCCUGUGACAAUGCUUCAGUAUUCAGUGUGGAAACCAAAAGUGCCAGUGACGAUUGUGAAGAUGAGUUCCUUCAAGAUCAGUUUGAAGAGAAACUGAUUGAGCUGAUGGAUGGACUCACCCAAAAGUCUGCUCAGGGCAGAACCAAUUGCUUGCUAAACAUCUCUAAGGCACUUGUUUCCAAAUAUGUCCCAGCUUUUGUUUCAGAUAGACACUUCACAUUAUGUGAUGGCAUUGAGAGAUGCUUGAAAAAAGGCUCAACUGCAGAAAAAAGUGCAGCUAGCGAAUUAGCUUCUAUAGUGUGCGUCCAAUUAGGAGCAGAGCCUGGCUGUGAAGAAGUCUGUAAAGCUCUCAAGCCGGUAUUGAUGACCACAGCGGCAGACAAUUCAGCUAGUGCAGCUGUUAGAGGAAAGUGCUGUUCCACUCUUGGUCUACUCAGUUUCUUAGCUAAUUCAGAGGUGGGAGAUAUCUUGAGUUUGAUGCGACAGUUUGAAACUUACUUCUCUGGGAGUUACCAUAAAGGAGGUGUAACAAAUACCAAUGUGACUCCUGAACAAGCCAAUUUUCAUGCUGCGGCUCUUAGUGCCUGGGGUCUCCUUCUCACUACUAUAGAUCCUAGUUCUGUUUCUAUGAUGUUAGAGACUAAAUCCUUGAUAUCCAUAAAAAAACUGGCUGAACUUCUGGAAUCCCAACAUUUGGAAGUGAGGAUGACAGCUGGAGAUGUCCUUGCUUUGCUUUAUGAAGUUGGUAAAUUGGAUCUGGAAGAUUUUGGCGAGGAUUUCGAUGACAUACUUGCAACUUUGAGGAGUUUGGCUACUGAUUCUCACAAAUACAGAGCCAAAAAAGAUAGAAAACAACAAAGGGCUUCAUUCAGGGACAUUUUGCUGUUUAUUGAGGAAGAUGUUAUGCCAGAUGUUAGAGUGAAAUUUGGGAAGGAGGUUCUUGAGUUGGACUCUUGGUCUAAAAGGAAGCAGUAUGACACCCUUUGCACAAUAUUAGGUCCUGGCAUUAAUAUCCAUUUAGCAGAUAACUAUUUCUUGAGGGACUUAUUUGAGAUUUCCGAACCUCUUAUUACUCCUGGAUCAAAUAAUCAUCAUGCUCAAAAUCAAAUGGAGAGAUUCAGAAGGAAAUUGCAGAAUGCAGCAAAUUUCAAGGCGAGAUCGAUAGCGCGAAGGAUAACCAGAGAUAAAAGAUUAGAAUUUUGAGAAUGCAGAAAAUAUUCUAUUGUGUAUUGAAUUUUAUUUUACGAAAACAAGAGAAAUAUAUAUUUUCGAUUUGGUAAUCUUGUUUUUAUAAUCUUAGCUGUAAAUAUGUUGUGUUUAAUUAUUCAUAUUAAUAAAAUGUGUGAAAAAGGAA